AUAUAGUAGUUGAUCACCGGCCACGGUGAGACCUGCUUUUUCAUCUAUGAAGAAUAUAACGGACAAGUUAUAUAAGACGAAUAUCAAUGAAAACCUUAGCUGUUUGAUUCGGUGUGGUAUUUGGCAUGUCUGGCAAUUGAUUAUAACUGAAUACAGGCACAACCGGUAGGGGAAUUAAAGAAAGUACAUCUGUAUAAAGGCUGUAAAUGUACGACUAUUACCCAUUACCUCACCCGAAAACAAUGGAGGACGAUAUAUUUAAUGACUGGCUUGAUAAGGUGAAGGCGAACUCGGAAUCAACUGAAAAGUUACAAGCUGCAGGGUUUGUCGUCGAGGUCAUCGGUGACGGCAACCUGAACGACGUCCAUCGCGUCAUCGAACACGACGUCGAGGGCAAGUCCGUCAUCCUCAAACACGCACCACCGUAUAUCAAAUGUUUAGGCCCAGAAUAUCCCCUUUCUGUGACGAGAUGUGAAAUCGAAUAUGAAGCUUUAUGUUGGUUCAAUCGCAUCGCACCGGGAAGUGUACCUAUACCCUACCACGAAACCAGUCAUGAUUCUUUUUUAAUGGAAGAUCUCCGAGGCUAUGACGUCAUGAAGAAACAGCUUGUUCGAGGCCACCUGAAUCUUGAUGCAGGGAAGGAAGUCAUCAGAAACAUCAUCAGGAUACAUAGAAAGACAAACGAAGGCGAACUUGGUCGAGAAAAGUUUGAUCAACUUAAACGAACAUUCGAAAAUACUGAAAUGGUUUCAUUGACGCGUGAUUUCAUCUUUACAAAUCCCUUCCUCCGUGAUCACCCAACAAAUCGAUGUUCGCCCGAGGUCGCUGUUCACCUUCACCUCAUAUACGACAACCACGAACUUCUACAAAACGCAUCAGAGCUGCGAUCAAUAUUUUUGAACAAAAAGGAUUGCCUCUUACACGGUGAUCUACACACGGGUUCUGUAAUGACAAAAGAUGCCGAUGCAAAGAUGAUUGACUUGGAGUUUGCCUUCGUUGGACCGAUGGGUUUUGAUCUCGGCGUUCUCCUCGCCAACUACCUCUUCUCCUACCACGCCCACCGAAUAAUGCCGAAUAACAGCCCCAAUUGCACGAAAUUUUACGAGAAGGUUCGUCAAGCAAUAUCGGACGCGAUCUCGAACUAUUUCGGAGAUGCCGAGUCGAGGUUGUCAAGCAACGAUCUACAAUCGCUUGUUCGGGAAGUUGUUGGGUUUACUGGUUGUGAAUUAAUAAGGAGAAUAGUCGGUGCCGCCCAUGUAGAAGAUUUGGAAGGAAAUCCAUCAGCUGAAUUAGAAUGUCUUAAACUUGGAGUGAACCUUUUAUUGAAAUACAAAGACAUUGAUUGCAUCUCAGCCUCCGGGUUAAUGGCAGACAUUGGAUUAUGAUGACAAUGAUUACCAAUAUAAUUUUAAUGUUUUGAUACUUUAAUUUUCUCCUGGUUGUAAUGUGAAACAAAGUUUAUUCCUCACAGAACGUGUGGAAUUAAAAAUACCACUGCUUUAAAAUUUUCUAGUUCAGUUAAAGUGGUUCUUAUUGUCAAAUCUGUUGAAACUUGAAAUAUUGCAUAAUUCAUACGAUAAAACUAAAGAAAUUUUGAGUGAUAGGGACAUCAUCAACUCUCUCAUUUUAAUAUCACUGAGUUGUGCAUGAUAACUCUUUUGUGGAAAAUAGGGAAAAUUUUGAAUGUCAGAACUUUUUUAUUUUGCAUCCGAUUUUAAUGAAACUUUCACCUUUAUGCAUGUUUUAUUUUCCCCUUUUUAUUUACAUUCACUUUUUUCUGGGGUGGACUCGAACUUAAGUAAAAUUUGUCAUAGUAACAAAUUUGCAAGAACAGUUUUAAGCUACUGAAAUCAUUCAAUUUUAUUGGCUGAUGAUAAACUUGUUGUAGAAAUUGUGCAUUUGUUAUUAUAACAAGUCUUUAUGAAACGGGAUCUUCGACGUUUCAGUCACAUGCCGGUGUACGAAUGGCAAGCAAUUUUCUCAUUUUAAUCAAAUUUCACUAUGUCAAACAUUUAUCUUUGUUAACAACAGAAAAUGAUAUUUUGAUACUGUAAAAAAUGCGAUUUCUUUAUAAUUGUGUUGUGCACAAACAAAAGACGGCUUUUGAUACCACAAAUAAAUGAGGAAAGACGGAUUGCUAUAUCCCUCGAUAUUUUACGUUGGCAAACGCUGGCUACAAGUCCUUCCCAAACUAAGUUGGUUUAAUAAACAAGAGGACAAUUAAAUAGGCAGUAUAUAUAUAUUUUUUCUUAAUAUCUAUUCUUUUCAUGAUUUUUACAUUUUUGUGAUUCUUGAUGAUUUAUAUAAUAGAAACCUAAGUAAUAAAAAAAUUGAAGUAAUGGCAUUUUUCAAAUUUCUCAAAGCUGUUAUAAUUAUAAUUAUGCACACCAAGGGUGCGAUGCAACAGAGAGAUUUGGUGAUGUCACACACUACAUUCAUUUUAUAUGAUUUUUAAAAAUAAAAGUUUUAUAUUUCUGUUAAUCAAUUCGAUGUUAAAGAAGCUCUCGAAUGAAUAAUAAGCUACAAUAAAUUAAUGACGAAUCCAUAUAGGCCUAUUCAUGUUGGAAUCAGACCAUGAUUUAUAUUGUCGCUGGAGCAAAUGUCGUGUCACCCACUUAUCUUCUUCUUCUUCUGUGUUGUAUUCCUUCGUUCACCGGAGAACUGCAAGCCUUUAGUUGCAACUAAAGGCUUGCAACUAAAGUACAGCAUGGUAAAAUAAUGAGCUAUUAGUCACUGUUUGCAGCAGCUUGAUCAACAAGGCGCUGUCUUGAGAAAUGUAUAUCAAACACAAAUUGAAGAGUAACAGGAUGAAAGUCAGGCAACUGGUACGAGACAUUGCCAAUGACACCAAGGAGGAUAAGUCUGCAUUCUUGCAACAUGAAGAUAGGAGUCUGUAUUUGAAAACAUUGAGAGCACUUUAAUGCCCUCGGAACGGGGGGGGGGGGGGUCGUGUAAAAUUAAUAUAUGAGAUUGCAGAAUAAGAUGGUUGACCAAACUGCUAUUAUUUCGGGAAUUAUAGAUUAGAUAUUUUCUAAUAUGAUUCAGAUUAAAUUACUUUAUAGAAAUUUAUGCUCAUUUCGUUUUAACUGUUAUUGAUUCGCUUAAGUUAAAGCGAUAUUGGGCAGUAUAUUCGGCUGCAUAUUGUUGCAUUUCCCUUGUGUGUGUCUUAAUUAUGGAACUAUAAUCAUGAUAAGAAGCUUGUCCCAUUAGACCCACUUGAUACAAUUGGCCUGCAAGGAAAUAAAAGCUAUAUGAAGCUC